GGCGCAUAGGCUACUGAAGUCAUUCUGGACUGUUGGGCAAAAUGACAACGGGAAAGAAACUUAAAUCAAAGCUAAAACAAAAAUCGGACUGGGACGACAAAGCAAACAUUAUUGAGAAUAUUGAAGAGCCUUUUGAUAAUACUGAAAACAAGAAAAAAGUGUCAAAGAGGAACAAGAGAAGGUUGGAAUGCACACAGGUUGUAAAUCCAUACACAACCGACGAGUGCCAAGAAGCUGGAGAAGGGGAGAAUAAAAAAGAAAAAGGAAAAUGUGCCUCAAAAGAGGUUCACUUUGCCUUCCUACCUGAAAAAUACGAACCUCUGUUGGAAGAAGAUGAGAAUAAAGAAAACACCAAGGAAGAAAAGCGAAACAAAAAGAAACAGAAGUACAAAAAGUAUAGAAAGAAUGCCAGCAAGGCUCUGCAGUUUGGAUGGCGCUGUUUGGUGGUGGGACUUCAAGGAUUCGCGGCUGGCUACACUGCAUCUUUGUCUGUGGUUGCUACUGUUGUUGCAGCCAGAAACUGACCAAGUUUCCAAAGCUGACAGAGAAGACAAGCACCAUCACUUGUGUUCUCUGGGUCUCUCUAAGAUGUAUUGGUCAGGUUUACUGAUAGCCCUAAGGCCCAACUUUUAGUUGUUAUCAUAAAUUCAAGUAAUUUCUGCUGAAAAUGAACUUGUGAUAUAAAUUAUUAUUAAUUUAAGCGUUAGGUGUCAUUAGGUGUCCAUAACCUUUUCAAAAUCAACUUUUUAUUACACCAAUGUCUAGAAUAAAUCAAAUGUAAAGCACUACAGUCCAUUACAGUGAUGAUCAUUACGGCAUUCUCCUAAAAAUGGAUGCUGUAAUUGAAGCAAAUGGAAAUCAUAUUGAACAGUAUAUAUAUAUAUAUAUAUAUAUAUAUAUAUAUAUAUAUAUAUAUAUAUAUAUAUAUAUAUAUAUAUACAGUGCCCUCCAUAAGUAUUGGGACAGUGCAGUCAAAAUGGCUAUAUCUGUUGUACACUCAAGCAAUAUGAAAAUUUGAUUAAGAAUAACAGCACUUUUAGAGUUCCAUCCCCCCAUUUUAUGUGAGCAUAAGUAUUGGGACAAUUCAACUUUAAGCUUAUAUAAGAAUUAUAAAAGCUAAUAUUUAGUCGCAAAUCCCUUGCAUGCAAUAACAGCAGCGAGUCUGUGACCCAUUGACAUCACAAAACUCUUGGUAUCGUCCUUUGAGAUGCUUUGCCAAGCCUUUACUGCAGCCAUUUUCAGCUGUUGCUUGUUUUGGGGAGUUUCUGACUUCAGUCUCCUCUUCCGCAAGUGAAAUGCAUGUUCAAUCGGAUUUAAAUCAGGAGAUUGGCUUGGCCAGUCUAAAACUUUCCACUUUUUUCCCCUGAUGAACUCCUUGGUUGUGUUGGCAGUGUGUUUUGGGUCAUUGUCCAGUUGCAUUGUGAAGCGCCGCCCAAUGAGUCUGGUGGCAUUUUCUUGUACAUUGGUAGCCAAGAUGCUUCUGUACACUUCUGAAGUCAUUCUGCUGCUGCCGUCAUUCGUUACAUCAUCAAUAAAGAUGAGUGCGCCUGUUCCAGAGGCAGUCAUGCAUGCCCAUGCCAUGACACUACCUCCACCAUGCUUCACAGAUGAGGUGGUAUGCUUUGGAUCAUCUGCAGUUCUUUUUUUCUCCACACUUUUGCCUUCCCAUCACUUUGAUAAAGGUUAAUCUUCGUCUCAUCUGUCCAUAAAACUCUGUUCCAAAACUCUACUGGCCCAUCUCUGUGCUUUUUAGCAAAUUCUAAUCUGGCCUUUCUGUUUUUGGUGCUGAUCAGAGGUUUGCAUCUUGCAGUGUAGCCUUUGUAAUUCUGCUGCUGAAGUCUUCUGUGAACAGUAGAUUGUGACACUUUCACCCCAGCAUUCUGGAGGUUGUUGGUGAUUUCACUGACACUUAUUUUAGGGUUGUUUUUCACAGCUCUAGUCAUUUUUCUGUCAUCAACUGCUGUUGUUUCCCUUGGCCGACCUGGUCGUUGCUGAUUGCUGAAGACACUAGUGGUUUCUUUCUUUUUCAGGACAUUCCAAACUGUUGAUUUGGCUAUGCCCAACUUUUGUGCUAUGGUUUUAAUUGAGUUCCUCUUUUCUUUUAGCAUCCAAAUCACUUGCUUAUCUUUCAUAGACAGCUCCCUAGUCUUCAUGUUGGAUUAUGCCUACUGACACCAAACGCAGACUUCAAAGGCAAAAGCAAAGGAUAGAACUGAGACUACACAUUCACAGCUCUUUUAUGUGUGAACAAUCAAUGCAACAGGAAACACCUGAUCAGUUAGAAACACCUGUGAGCCAUGUCCCAAUAUGCUCACAUAAAAUGGGGAAUGGAACUCUGAAAGUGCUGUUAUUCUUAGUUGGUAAAACAUAUAUGUGUUGAAACAGCCAGGAAUAAAAGGUGACAUUUUGUACUUUUACCUCAUAUUCAUCUUUUAAUCGUAUUUUCAUAUUUCGUGAGUGGCAAUUUUGACUUCACUGUCCCAAUACUUAU